ACAUAUUUCCGAAUUCCGGGUUUGAAAUCCCUGAUUUUGAGUUUAUGCAACUCCGCCAAGAAGAACAUUGGGUUAUGAACCUCAGUCAUUUCGGCGUCAUCAUACGUCAUCGAAUGAGGGGCAAUUGCAGACAUCAUCAGUUUGUGCUUUUCUCAUGUAACCAAAGGCAUUACGGCAGUUGUCUUUGGCCAUGCAGCUAGAGGUGCAGCUGCGUCUCUGCCAGAGUUGCCUUGUGUGCUACAAGAGUGGACUGCGUCUGUUAUCCUGGAGUGCCGCACAAAGAAAAGGUGCCAACUACUAUGACCUGCUGGGAGUCAAAUCUGAUGCAACCCUGGAGGAAAUUAAAAAUGCCUUUUUUGACAAAUCUAAAAAGCUGCACCCAGACAGUGACCCCUCCAACCCAGCGCUGCACAGCCAGUUUGUGGAGCUGAACGAGGCCUACCGCGUGCUGAGCAAGGAGCUCAGCAGGAAGGAGUAUGAUGUCAAAAUCAGACGUUUCUAUAGCAGAGGAGGAAGAGGCCCGGCCUCCAGCUCAGCCUUUAGUCACACCAGCUAUGGGACCAGCGACACGACGGUGCAGGACAACGCACGUUACUGGGAGCAAAUGUAUCAGUCCCACACCCAGGAGAUGUCCGCGGAGGAAAGGGAGAGGAGGCGCAGGAGGAACUUCCACUUGGUUGGCUACUGCUUCCUCACCAUGGCUCUCGGUAUCGGAGCACACUUCGUCUUCUUCAGGAAGCUGGAAGAGGUUCACAACAACUUCAUGGACGAAAAGGAUCGAGUCAUCACGGAAAUUUACAAUGAAUCCAAAGAGAGGGCCAGGGUAAACGGUUUCAAGAAACAGACAGAAAUCUUGCGGCAGAAACAUGCAGAGUUUUUGGAGAAAUACAAAACACGCAACGGUGGAGAGAAAUAGGAAACUUCACUCAGCUGGGAGUUUGGUUUUAGAAUUUUAUUUAAAAUUUAGCCUUCACUUAAAAGUGUUUUUUUUCCCCCCAUAAAGAGGAGCCAGACUGGACUGACUUGAAUGGCCAUCAUCAACGUGGAUGCUAACUGAUAUUCAUCAUUGAUGAUGUCAGGAAAAAGGACGCCGCUCGACAAAUACUCGGAGCAAAAAUGGAACAAAAAUCACGAAGCUGAGUGGCAAAAUAGACCGACUAUUGUACUAACGACAAAAGUGUAUCAUUAAAUUGGUUACGUCCGGUUCAACACACGUCAUUCGCCUUUUUGUAGGCAGAGUGUCAUUUGACUUCAUUUCCUUCCCAUGUAUGUGGCGUGAUGUGAGUUUGAAUCAUUGGUGGUUACACCCUUGCCUCUCAGAAGACAGGAACCUGUGUGCCGUUUCUUCUCGUAAUGUGGCGAACCGCAGGGACAUCUUAUGGUUGCUGUCUUAAAGGACAAUUAAAGGGCAUGGGAUGCCCCAACGGCUAGCCGCAUUACAACAAGAAACGGUAGUGCCUUUAUGUAACUCCACACAAGUUCCUGUCUUGUGACGACGCAUUUGGAGCUACAAACCAAAUGUGACCUCAUGAGUUUAGAAUCCAUUUCACACGCGAAUAAUGCCUUCCUGUUCUAUUUAGAUAAUUAAAAAAUAGUUGCAAAGAGGAAUUGGGUUUAUUAUUUUUGUGAUUGAAUAUGGACGCGGAUGGACUCCCAGAUGUUUGAAUCAGUUUGGGUUCUUAAAGGGGAAUUAAGCAGCCCCCCCCCAAAAAAUUUAAAAUAUGUACUUUGUAUGUGCCAGCACCCAUCAAAACACAACAAUCUGAUCAAAAUUUCGUUUGUGGAAUACGAAUUAAAACGGAAUCAUCCACCAAUUUUCAUUGAUCUCAGGAGCCGCCAUGUUGGGAAAUGUCAUCCUCAGCUGUCAAACAUAAUUAACGUCAUAGGUUCACUGUUAAGUGUUACUUCCACUUUAUGUGGAACGUCACGUGACCAAACCCGGAAAACAACUAAGCAGACUGCUUGUGCAAGCUGACAAUAAUAACAUUUUCGCAAGUUCAAAUAGUUCAAAUGAUCAUGUCGUGAACCCGUAAUGAAAAUAAACAUGCCAAGCAGAA